AUGGCUUAUUGGGGAAAAGACUCUCUAAGCAGGCUGGGAAGUGCCAUUGGAGUGCCACUAUUUGCUGAAUGUACAGCUAAUCACUCGAGAAUCUCAUUUGCGGGGAUGCUGAUUGAAGUGAACAUUACUAAGCCACUACCAACUGGAGUCACAAUACAAGAUCCUUCUGGAAAGAUGUACAAGCAAGUGGUGCGAUUUGAAUGGCAACCUGAAUUCUGCUCUGAUUGUCAACAACUGGGCCAUAUAUGCAAACACAAUGAGGAAGUUCAAGGGAGGCCUCAGAAAAUUCAGAAAGUAAAUAGCAAAGCUCAUCAGCCAGCAAAGGAGUGGAGAAGCAAAGGCAGUAUAAAGCAGAACACAAGUAAGCCUCAAGAGCUAACUGAAACAAACACUAAUUGUGUUGAAACAGUAUCUCCCAUAACUCAAGCUGCCCCUACAGUAGUUCAUAAUAUAAUGGCUGGAAAAUCAUGGAUAUUGCACAGGGCAUGA